UCCUCUGCCCCCUCCUUCUCUUCCUCCCUCCCUCCCGCCGCCGCGGCGGCGGAGGGGCUGCGCGGCCACCCGCGCCUCCCGCCGCAGGGGCCUCCCCGCGUGGUCCCCGCCGCUGCCAUGAGCCAGGACCCGGCCCCCCGCGGCGCUGACCCGCCGGAGAGCGAUGCCCGCAGCGGAGCCCCCAGCCGGGGCCCCGGCCGAGGGAUGCCGCCGCCGCCGCCCAGCCUGCCCCAGCUCCUCCACAACGCUGCCAAGCUCCUGGAGAAGAAUCCGUUCUCCGUCGGCGCCGCGAGCCCCCUGCUCCCCUCGCCGGCGAGCCUGCAGCUGGCGCAGCUCCAGGCGCAGCUCACGCUCCACAGGCUGAAGUUGGCUCAGACCGCCGUCACCAACAACCCGGCCGCCGCCACCGUCCUCAACCAGGUGCUCUCCAAAGUGGCCAUGUCCCAGCCGCUCUUCAACCAGCUGAGGCACCCCACCGUGAUGAACGCCCCGCAGGGCCACGCCGCGGGGCCGCCGCAGGGGCCCGGCAUCGCCGGCGCGAGGUUCCCCUCUGGCGGCAUCGCCUUUCCCGCCCAGAGCCCGGCCUUAGCCGCGCCGGGGAGCGGCCUGGGGCCCGUGCAGGCCCAGACCCCCAACGCCAUCGUCGUGAACCCUUUCGGAGGCGUCAUGGCUCCGACCUCCGGCCAACAGCCCGUGGUGGUGGGCCUCAGCAAGGCGGGCGCCUCCGCCUCCGCCGCUGCGGCUGCUGCGGGGGGCUUUUAUGAGUACGGCAAGCAAAACGCCGCCGCUGCCGCCCCUCAGGCCUACGCCUCGGAGGGGGACCAGCCCAGCCAGCACGGCUUCCUCGCCGGCGGGGCCCACGCAGCCUCCUCGGCGGCGGGGCCGUGCUACGAGGGUCGCUUUGGGGCUCCCGGCCAGCUGCAGCACGAGGCGGCGGCAGCCUUUCCCAAGGAGGCCUACGGGGCCGCGGCGGCACAGCACGGGGCGGCACGGGCCUUCCCCAGCGACCCGCACGCGGGCUCCCAUCCGAAAGGAGAUCCCGGCCCCGUCUUGCACGGCAGCGGUACGAGCAACCAGUGGGAAAACAUCCCUAGUUUCCCCGGCCAAAACAAGCCUGACCUCGCGCCCGGCGACAGCCUGUGGCCGUCGGCGAGUCAGCAGCAGUAUGAAAUAAGAAACGAGCUCUACGACCCCGAAGAGCCGACACCUGACACAAAGUUCAGCGCGGCCGCCCCCCCCGCCUUCGGCCGCCUCAACCACAGCAAGCAGAGCUUCGGCAGCCCUCGCAUGAGGCAGAAGGAGGAGCGGAGCGGCGGCGCGCCCGACCUGCCCGCCCGCUCCCUGCCGCCGCACCAGCUGGGCGACCUCCGCGGCGCGGCCCCCCUCCACUUCCCCCACGUCUGCGCCCUGUGCGACAAGAAGGUCUUCGAUGUGAAGGACUGGGAUCAGCACAUUAAGGGAAGUCUUCACAUCCAAAAAUGUAUGGCUUUUUCAGAUAACACUGGUAUCCGGUGUGUGUUAAGCUCAGCAGAUGGAGCAUUGCAUUUAUCACCAAAUAAUGCAGCAGUUUUCAAUCCAUCUAGUAUCGAAGAUUAUCCACCAAAUGUCGGCGCAUCUUUUAUCACUACGUCAGCAAGAUCCUUUGGCCAGCCAGGUCCUACAUUUUCUUCUCUUCCAUCAGGGUUUCCCCAGAGGAAAUCUACACUGGGUCGAGUUGUUCACAUCUGCAACCUCCCCGAGGGAAGCUGCACAGAGAAUGAUGUCAUUAACCUGGGCCUCCCAUUUGGGAAGGUCACCAACUAUAUCCUCAUGAAAUCCACUAAUCAGGCCUUUCUGGAAAUGGCUUACAGUGAAGCAGCACAAGCCAUGGUGCAGUACUACAAAGAAAAACCUGCUAUGAUAAAUGAUGACAAGUUACUUAUUAGGAUGUCUAAAAGAUACAAGGAAUUGCAGCUGAAGAAACCAGGUAAGAACGUGGCUGCUAUCAUCCAGGACAUCCACUCGCAGAGGGAGAGGGACCUGCUCCGUGAAGUGGACAGGUAUGGCACGGAGAGGCCCCGCUCUCGCAGCCCCAUAAGCCGUUCCCUGUCGCCCCGAUCCCACACUCCCAGCUUUACUUCCUGCAGUUCACCCCACAGCCCAAUGGGGACCAGCAGGACCGACUGGGGAAAUGGGAGAGAGUCGUGGGAUCAGUCCCCGUAUUCUCGACGGGAAGAGGAAAGAGACAGCAGAGAAUGGCGAGAGAAUGGGGAUGAGAAGAGGGACAGGACUGACACGUGGGUACACGAGAGGAAACAUUAUUCCCGACAGCUGGACAAGUUUGAUUUGGAUGAACGGAUUGAAGGAGGCAGAGGGCACAGAGAAAAGUAUUUAAGGAGUGGUUCCCCUGGCUCCCUUCACCCUUUAUCUGGCUACAAGAGCAGGGAAGAUGACUAUUACCGAAAAACCUCUAAGUCAAAAUCUGACAAGUUUCAGAGGCAGCUGCAGGAUUUACCUGGGAGAUCUAAGAGAAAGGAGGAGGCAAAGUUAAGGGAACGCAGGCAUUCUUACAGCGAGGAUGCUGCCAGGGAGGAGGCAGCUGAACAGAAGCACAGCAAAGCGUCUGAGGCCUCCAGGCAAAAACAAAGUGAUAAGAAUAAGGUGAAGAAGGCUGAAAAAGACCAAGAGGAACAUGCUGCUGCUGAAGGCAGUGAUGUGAAGGAAACCAAACCUCCCGAGAAUGAGCUUGGAAAAGAGGAGCAAGUUCCAGAGAAGAGCUCACCUUCAGCUGAUAAACAAAGAAAAGAAUCUGGAGAGAUUCUGGAAAACACAAGAAAAGAGAAGGACCGAGACUGGGAGAGUGGAAGUGAGAUAGAAGGUGAGACCUGGUAUCCUGCUAACAUGGAGGAAUUGGUGACAGUAGAUGAAGUGGGAGAAGAUGAUUUAAUUAUGGAGCCUGAUAUAACUGAGCUUGAAGAAAUAGUACCAGUUGAUCAAAAAAAUAAAACCGCUCCAGAAGUGUGUCCCUGUAUGUCAACUAUGUUAGAACUGAAAAAUGAUCACAGCCACUUAAUCAGGAGUGAAGACAAAUUUGCCCAUAAAGCUUUAGAAACAAACUUCAGAUCAGCAAAGGGCAGUGUAGCUUCUAGCGGCUGUCAGGAUGAUGAGGAGGAUGAUGAUAAUGAUGAUGCUGUAACUGAAGCAUCAAGCCUAAAUCUGGACCCUGAGCAGAAGCCAGAGGAAUUGCAAGAAGACCUAUCUGCUAAGGAGUCUGAUCCCCAACAGAAGGAAGGAAAAAUCGAUAAGAGCUCUGACACUCAUUUAGAGCCCGAAGAUCACCAUAUAUCUUCUGUUGCUCUGAAAGAAGAGACUCUCCAGCUCCCUGAUACAUUUAUAGAUGAUUACAAACAGAUGGGAUCACAAGGAGCUGAGAGCAGAGAAGUUAUGGAAAUGCUUGUUAAAAACGCUAGUGAGGAAACAAGACAUGGAAGCCAAGAGUGUCCAGAGGCCAAGGCAAAUUCUAGGUACCUGGAAAUGAGAUCUCUGGAAUACCCGGAGGUAGAGUCUAAAAGAAGGCACUCUCCGCCAGGCUGGGAACAAGAGGACGUCUUCACUGAACUCAGCAUUCCCCUGGGUGUGGAAUUUGUGGUGCCUAGAACUGGGUUUUACUGCAAGCUCUGUGGACUCUUCUACACAAAUGAAGAGACAGCAAAGACAAGUCACUGCAGAAGUACUGUUCACUACAAAAAUCUUCAGAAGUAUCUAUCCCAGCUUGCAGAAGAGAGCCUGAAAAUGAAGGAAGAAGGCAGCCAUCUGCCUCAGGAUGACACUGGCAUUGUUCCUCACUUUGCAAAGAAAAAACUAUGAUGCGGGUGAACUGGAAGAGCUAAAAUGAGUGAAUGCUGAUACUUUAUUUUUUUUUAUUUCUAUGAUAUAACUGUCAAUUUGCACUGUACAGAGGAGGGGAAAUAAAGAGCAUGUUCCAUGCAUCUAUGCCCAGAGUGCCAUUAAAAACCAAAAUGCCUGAAACUGUUUCCCACGGUGAAGCAAUGCUGGCAUAUCUGUUAAGAAGUGGAGCAAUUCUUUCUCACACUCUGCGUGCUGGGAGUGGUUUCCUAGAUUAAAUCAGAAUUCUCAGGGAUUCUUGAAGUUUUAAUUCUGAUGUGACACAUGAGGUCAGGUGGAAUAUUUAGAAGCACUCAGCAUCCUCCAGUGGUCAUUGGAAGGAAAGGAGAUGUGACUAUAAAUAGGCUUUAAUGUUGCUUAAAAUAUCUUCAGCCAUUUCACUCCUUGCCCCACUGAGAAGUAGAAUUUGCAUAGGACAUCUAAAGCCAUUGUGCUAAAACUAGUCAGUAGAUGGCAUAACAUAAACCCCAUCAGCGUCCACCUCCAUGUGUCUUAGAGCUUGGUGAAAUGAUAAAAUGUUUGUAUUAAGCACUGACUGUGUUGUACGAAUGCAGAGGGAGCCACAGUCUGUCCCAGGGACCGUAUAGCCUGAACCCGGCACAGCGAGAGCAAUUUGAAUACACAUGCUGACAGCUAACCUGCUCUGGUUUUCAGCAUUUUCCAUGGUGUGAUCAGGAUGCUCUCCAGGUACCGUUGUGUUUGGAACUCUUCUUUUUGAUAAGUCUAAAGGGUGCCAACUUUGAGUCUUACAGACUUGAAACUCUCACGAGAGGCUUUUUAAAGCGCCAUAUGUUCGGACCAUGUCUCUUUUAGACAUUUUAUUCAAGAUCCUUGCUUUUGGGGUCUUUUUGUUUUCUUUCAAGCUUGCUUUUCCUCAGCUUGGCAACGUUGAAUUUUCCUGGUUUUCAUGGAAAGAUGCCAGACUUUUAAUAUUGUUUUUGUAUUUUAUUUCCCUGAAUUUUUAAAGGCGAAUACAACAACUGAUGGCUCACAGAAUGCUGCACUGAGAACACAGGAUGCACCAGCAGCUCUGGCAUUAUUAUGAGCUAUUGUUUCUGCACAGUUGUUGCUUAGUAUUUUGCAAAGUCCCUUUGAAAUGCACUGUACAAGUUUCUGGUUCAUUUCAAUAGGGCUUUGUGUAGUACAGUGAAUAUGUAUGCAAACCAUUGCCAGAAUUGAUCCCAGAGUUAUGCUUUUAUAAAAUGCUCCAUGCAAUCUCGACAGAUGGGGAUUUGGAGACGAAUUUCCAUUCUUUGCCUGACUCUAAUAUUUGUCACAGUAUGUUCUGUAAAAAUUGCCGGUGCUGGAUGUCCUGUUUAGAUGUUGUGCAGAGGAAAUAGUUUCCCAGAAGGUACCAGCCAUCCCUAAGAAUGACAUGGGUGUCACAAAAUAUUGCAAAGUGGCUAAAUGGCCAAAACUGCUUCCACCAAAGUAUUCGUUCCAUUAUGUCUUGUGCCAGCAGCCAUGCUCGUUCUCUGAAGUACCCUGUAGCCAGGCAGUGUGUCUCAGAGAUGCCUGGUGUUGUUGCCUGAAGCCCUGUUCCAUUUCAUAGCCUAUGCUUUCCACUCGUUCUUACCAGAGGUGGGUUCAGAUUUCAUAUUUGGAAUUCCUGCUUCUUGCAAGUUGAGGGAUUCUUUGCAUCCCAGAUUCAGACAUGGCCUAUCCAAAAGACAAGGGGAAAUGAAAAACAUUGCAGGCUAAAUCCUCCUUUGUCCAGACUUGAAGUAUGUUAAGACUUGGGUCCAUCUGUCAUUUAAAACAGCUUUUUUUCUGUUUUGUUUUUCCCUAUGGAAAAAAAAUAAUAAUAUUGCAAACCAGGUAUUUUUCCUUCAAGGGUUGGGUUUUUCUUUGAUUGUUUUUCACAUUGCAGUGAAAUUUGAGCACAGAGCUGUUAGGGCAAGAGCUUGUAUUGCAAGCUGUAAGAUUACGAAAAUGGCAGUAAAGAUUGUGCAAUUGUCUUCUAAAGCACAGCUCUCAAGCUGGUCAUGUACCAUCUGAAUAUGAAGUUCCCUUCAUGCCCUUCAGCACAAUCUGAGCACAAGGGAAGGAAAUCACUACAAAUGCAAGCAUCAAAUCUUUGAAGCUAACCCUGCUAUCAAGCUGGGGCUCUCACCGGCCUAAUGGGAGCUUGUUAAACCAUGUGGUUAAGCUUAAUUGGAUGUGAGACAUAGCUGACUGUAUAUCAAAGUCAUAUGCCUCCAGCAACUUUAUCCCCAGGUAACCUCAAAUGAGAAAAGUAUCACUGUUAUUACUCUUUAUUUGUAUUGCAGUAGAAGCUACAGGUCCACUGCCUUUAUUAUAGGCACGGCACAAAUCCACAACAAAGACUUUCCCAGGCCAAAGAGCUUUAAAUCAGACUUUCUGAAAACAGACAACAGGUGGAUACAGGCAGGCAGGGAAAGCAGUAGGUAACCAUGAGAUUUUGACUGGCAGAAGAAGAAUAAUUAAAAUGAGUGUUUACCCAGGGGCUUAUUUUUGGAUUUACGGGAGAUGAUUCAAACUACUUUCCCCCUCCUCUGGUUCUGAACCAGGUUCACUCCCAUUAUUCACAGCUUGCAUAUUUAACCUCCUCUUUUUUUCCUGGCCCGUUGCAUUAGACACGCAAAAUCCCUUUUAAGAGAGUGGGCUUUGGUAUCCUUGAGUCCCCGACCGCUUAAGAUUCAGUCUCCAUUAGGGCUCCAAAGGCUGGCCGGAGUCUUUACUGAGGCUCACCAGGAGCUGUCCUGGCUCCAGACACCUUGUUUGGGUGAUGGGUACAGGCCCUUUCUUGCCACUGAGGAAGGAAGAGGCUCCAGAUGGCAUCUCUGCCCUAUGUAGUUUCCUCUUCUGGAGGUGGAUGACUUAGGUGAGUGACGCAGGUGCAGUGCCCAGCCCCGCAGACGUGAUCAGACCCAGACAUUUGUAGAGGUGGUUUGGACGCCCCCUCCCUUUGGGCUCUGUCCUGACACAGCAGCAAUCUGCAAAACCCUGGGUAUGGCCAUAUGGGCAGUUCCCCUUCUGAGAAGGUCCUUUCUCCCCCUAAAACUCAACAUUUGAAAGCAGUUAAAAGCAAUCCCAAGUCUCAACUAGCUCCUAAUGAUCCCUAUCAUCAGUUUUCAGCCUGAUGCACUUUCAGAACUCAGAGGUAAUCUCCUUCCCUCUCCAACAGGCCAUCAUGCAAUGCUGACAGGCACUCAACUCCUCAACUUCUCUCUACUACCUAUUCUGCUGAGGAAGAAGGCCACUGUAGGCAGCCGCUUGCCUUUCUCAGCUUGUGUAAAAAAGUGUUGUUUCUUUUGGUGUAUUAUAUUUAAAAUCUUGACUUUUUUUUAGUUGGCAUAAUUCAUCAUCACUAUAAUCCACGCUGUUUAUUAAUACAUAUAUAUAGAGAGAGAGAGAGAGCACAAAGCAGGCUCAGGUCUAGCCAAACAAAUACUGAUAUUUAAAAAGGAGCUUCCUUAAUAUAUACAAACCAUUUCAACACAUCUCAACCAAAGAUUGCACUUUUUUAGUAGGGACUAUGUUCUUCCUCUUUGUGAAAUCUCUAUUGAUCUCAAAUAGUCUUUAAUGUCAAUCUGCAACUUACUUUUUCUGACGUAAAAAUUAAAGAAUUAAACAUUUGCCCCAUAAGAUCAGACAAAGUUUCAUAUUGGCUUUAACACUAAAUUAGUGUUAGGCUAGUUAUAUUCAGGGUUUUUCUAUUCUCUAAGGAUUAAGGCUGUGAUUUGUUGAAUUAUACUUGAACUGGACCAGAUGUACUAUUUAUUGAGCUUAUAUAAUCUUGUUAAUUUAAGUUUUGGCUUGUAAACAGUUGGAAUUUGUUAGUACUUGUUUAAUUAUGUAGGAACUGUCACCAGUAUUAACUGAUCUGUGUAACUGAUUGCAAAGUGUUUCAAUUUGUGUUUCUUAAAAAGAAAGAUUUUAAUAAAGAGAAUUAUAAAGCAUA